CCAGGUGAAAAAUGGGUACAUGUCAAAGAUAUAUUCUGUAAACCAUGUUUUGUUUUUGUUUCACUGACUGGUUGUAAUUCUUGUUCUUGUCAGCAUGUGGUGCUGUUGGUACAGAGAGGUCUAAAGUUACCAGAAGUAGAAAAAAACUCUUGUUCAUGUACCGUGGUACUCUAACUGGAAAGAAACGGAGGAGAAAGACAUUUUUUCUUUUUUUGAGCUAAGACUUGUUGGAGAAGACGACUCUAUGGCCAUAUGAGUGAAGAAUCCAAGUAUUAGAGGUGCCACUGCCGUUUGUUAUAUGCAGCUGUGAAGUUUUUGGCUUGUAUGCGAAGCUACGUUGUUACUUUGAGUGUUAUUAGCGUUAUUAGCCCGCCAUUUCACUAGAGCUCAGGCUUUCUGUUGAUAAAAUACGGUUCACUUUUUUCAAAUACUGAACCUCAUUCAUUUAUUUUUUUUUAAAUAAAGAACCCCUGUUAUUUGAAGCUCUGUGUGCUGUAUUACUCCCGGCUUCAAAUAUUGGUACCAGGAGUGGGGUCAUAUUUUUUUUCUUUUUUUUAUAUUAGUCUCUCUCUCUCUGUUAGAGCCUGUGUAUGGUGGCGCGGCUUUAGCAUUAUAAAACGGCAGUGGUGAAGAACUGGCCUAAACCAGAGUGGACCUCGGUAUCCUGCCUGUGUGACGGCAGUUGCUUCAAGAUCAGAGGAGGACGUUGCUGGACAGUCUGUGCUGGCGUGGUUGUGAGGGAUUUCAGCCAAGGUGAUCGUCAGCCCAGGACGCAUUCCAGGAGGGGGAGAGCAUCGCCCAGCAGCGGUCUUGGAGCAGUCCAGUGGAAUCAGGACUUGACUAAGUUAUCCUUUGCUAUUUAAAUUUCUAUUGACUGUUCAGUAAAAAAAAAAAAAAAAAAAAAAAAAAAAAAAAAAAAAAAAUUCAGAACAUGUCAGACCAAGACGAGAGCUUUGAGAUGCAUGAAGAACAGGUAGUAGUGAAUAAUAAUGAGGGUAAUGAACAGGAUGGUGGACAGAACAAUGGACAAAAUGACAUUGAACAAGCUGGGGUGUUACAACAAUUAAGUGAGUUAGCCAGAAGACAAGACGAGGUCAUGACCGUCAUAUCAUCACUAAAUACUGAGCCUACCAGAUCUUAUGUCUAUGUACCCAGAGAACGGCACAUUUCACCAUUUAGUGGAGACAUUGAAAAAGAUGGGAGGAGUGUAGAUGAGUUUAUUGAAGAAGUAGAAAGGGUUAUUUCUGCUAGAAAUCAGUCUGCACCUGAACAGUUCGAUUUUGUGCUGUCACUUUUAAGAGGCUCAGCUCUGGAGGAGGUGCGUUUACGCAAAGUUGAUGGUGAUGUUGCAAAGGACCUGUUUGUUUACCUAAAAGAUGCGUUUGGAGAUAAACGUAGUGCUUCCCAACUUUUACAAAACUUCUACAACUGUAAACAGAAAGAGGGUGAAGACAUACGUGACUUUUCACAUUCAUUAUCUCAGGCCUUUAGUUUUGUACGGAAACAGCAACCUAAUUCCGUGACUAAUGAGAACACUGUGUUGAGAGACCAGUUCAUUGAAGGCGUCAGAGACCUUUCCCUGAGGCGAGAACUCCGAAAAUAUGUAAGAGGAAAACCUGCGUCUACUUUUAUAGAGGUGCGGGAAGAAGCUUACUUGUGGUCCUUAGACCAAGCCCCUAGCACAAAAAUGGUUAGGAGUAAAGUGCAGACCUGCAGUAAUGUUACAGUAGGAGCACAGUGCUGUGCAGUUAAAGAGACAGGAAAUCCAAUGUAUCUGGAGGAUGUGAUGAAAACUCUUAAAGAGCAAGACAAAGUCACUAAUCUAACUAGACCUAAAGAGAAGUUGGUUUCAAUUGAUGAUGUUCUUAAAGUCCUCACUGAGCAAGGCAAAGCGAUAACAGAGCUUACUAAAGCUGUCAAAGAGUUGACAGUACAGGGCAAAAGCCCUAGUAGCCAGACACCAUGUAAGAUCAAAACUGUUCCAGCAUUUACCCCUGAUGGUAAGCCUAUAUGCUUCAAGUGCCAAACUGCUGGUCAUGUUGCCAAACAAUGUCCCCAGAAAAGACACAAAAACUCUGAUGAGUCCCCUGAUUCCGGUCAGUCGGGAAACGAGAGACCCUGGUUGCAGUGAGUCGGGUAAUGCAGGGUCAUGUCAUAGACUCAUCUACGCACGAGAUCACACGAGAACAAAUAAUUGAGCGUGCAAUAGGAAAAUGCCCAGUGGUUGAUCUAAAACUUAAUGGGAGGUCAGCUCAUUGUUUACUGGACACUGGCAGCCAAGUCAGUACUAUGACAGAUGAGUUCUUCAGAAAAUAUAUUGGUGAUGAUGAGAGCAUGCUAGCUACAACUAGUUGGCUUAAAAUAACUGCUGCAAAUGGACUUGACAUCCCUUACCAGGGAUAUAUUGAACUGGAAGUUGAGACGAUGAGUUUAAAGAUCCCAAAUUGUGGCUUCUUGGUCCUGAAGCCUUCAGCAAAUGCUUUUGUGUCUGAAGAAUGCUUAAUUGGUAUGAAUGUCAUUCACAGAUGCAGACAGCUGGUGACAACAGAGUUUGACAAUACUUUGGGUGGAUCCUUAGACUCUGGGUGGAGGAUGGCUUUUCAACAGGCACAGAUCUGUUGCAGUGAGAGAAAGGCGAUUGUUCGGGCUGCAGGCAGAAACAAAGUACGUAUCCCUGCAUCCUCGGUAUCCACUGUGUUCGUAAAAGGUGACACUAAAACCUCAGAUGCAGCCUCUCAGUUGAUCAUUG